CGGGCGGUCACGUGGCGGAGCAGCAAGAUGGCGGCGCGCGGAGUGUGACCAAGGAUCCCCAGAGAGCCCCCCGUGUGCCCGGAGCCGCCCGCACCAUGGUGACGGAACAGGAGGUGGAGGCCAUCGGCCGCACGCUGGUGGACCCUGCGCAGCCCCUGCCCGCCCGGUUCCGGGCCCUCUUCACCCUGCGAAACCUGGGCGGCCCCGCGGCCGUGGAAUGGAUCAGCCGUGCCUUCGGGGACGGCUCGGCGCUGCUGAAGCAUGAGCUGGCCUUUUGCCUGGGCCAGAUGCAGGACGAGGCGGCCAUCCCGGUGCUCAUCCGCGUGCUGGAGGACACGGCCCAGGAGCCCAUGGUCAGGCAUGAGGCAGGUGAAGCCCUGGGUGCUAUUGGGAACCUUGAUGUGCUGGAUCUCCUGAAACGCUAUUCUGAGGAUCCUGUGGUUGAGGUGGCAGAGACGUGUCAGCUGGCUGUGAGGAGGCUGGAGUGGCUGCAGAACAACAAGGAGAAGCCAGACACCAGCCCGUACCUCUCCGUGGAUCCUGCUCCYCCUGCUGAGGAGACAGAUGUUGCCAAGCUCCGGGAGAUCCUCCUGGAUGAGUCCCAGGAACUGUUUGACCGCUACCGGGCCAUGUUUGCCCUGCGGAACAUGGGGGGCCAGGCUGCUGUGCUGGCACUGGCAGAAGGGCUGCGCUGCGGCAGCGCGCUGUUCCGCCACGAGAUCGGGUACGUGCUGGGGCAGCUGCAGGACGAGGCGUGUGUCCCCCAGCUGACGGAGGCGCUGCGCUGCUGCUCUGAGAACCCCAUGGUGCGGCACGAGUGCGCCGAGGCGCUGGGCUCCAUCGCCCGGCCCUCGUGCCUGCGGGCCCUGCGCGCCUUCGCCGGUGACGAGGAGCGCGUGGUGCGCGAGAGCUGCCAGGUGGCYCUGGACAUGUACGAGUACGAGAACGGCGCCCAGUUCCAGUAUGCUGACGGGCUCUGCAAGCUGCACACCUCCUCCUGAGCCUGGACUGGGGGUGUUGGGGUGGGCGUGCUGCCUCCCACCCCACCUUGCUACCAGUGGYGCUUUCACGGCCACCUCUGUCGGUGCCUUGCCGCACAGAUCUGGAGGAGGAACUGGAUUUGCUCUCUGGCAYGAUUACAACCACCUUUUCCCUCCAAAUCCAGGCUGAGCUGCUACUUGCCUCUCCACCRCUCCUUGCCAGCUGCUGUUUCCUGGUUCUGCCCCUUUUUCCCUGCCAGGAUCAGCAGUGCCUGCCCACAGCCUGGCUUGGGGCUUGGACCAGGUGGGUUCUGCUCGGCACGUCAGAGCCUGCUGCAAUUCUGCGGGGCUUGGGGCUGCCCUGGGUUGGUGAUGCCACGUCUGCAGCUCCAUUCUCCCCACCUGAGCUUUGCUGGGGGCCAGAAUGGGCUUUGGGCACCCGCUCUUGUGGGUUGUGGUGUUGGGAUGCUUUGAAAUUCUCRGUGCUGCUGCCGAGCCGGGGCCCUCGCCCCCGUGGUGGGUUUGGCCUCUCCUGUUGCGACAGGCCAGAGCUGAGCCUGUAGCAGACUGCCCCAGGAUGGGGGAUUUUUCCAUGGCAAAGUUGGGAAGAUUUGGCUGGGUUUCUUCCUGCAGGGAAGGGCGCUGCCAUUAGGGUGGGCAGGGUGAGGCAGAGCUUGCCUGGGCUUUCCCCCAUGUUUAACCAGGGCCGGGAGGGCUGAGGCUGCUGCUGGCACCCAGACCCUCUGGCCAGCCCAGCCCGGGCACUGUGGGGUUUGGCAGGGAAUAAAGCACUGGCACGGGAAGCUGGAGUGAGUUGAGCUGUGUUUUACCUGUG